UUUUGUCAUCGACAUUCUGAUUUUUGGGGUAAUCAAACAACAGUUUUUUUUUAAAUGUUAGCCGUUUCGAUUAGUGUUUAAGUGAUUCACGUUAAUAUUAAGUGCUAAUAAGAUAACAAAUGUAAAUUUUCCCAGGGUAGGAGUUAAUUAUAUCGAAAAUAAAGGUCAGAAACGACAAUGAAAAACAACACGAUCGGAAAUGUUGACGAAGAAGUUGACGUUUUCAAAUUAAUACUAAAAUUGAGGCACGAAAAAUUGCUGAUCGGCAGCGAGAAACAGGACAUACAGGAACUGAACAAUCUAAUAAUAGAGAAGACCCACGGCAUCAUCAAGGAAUCCUGGUUGACGACUAAACAACGUUUGUUCCUCUACCAACGAGAGACCUCUUCGAGAAACUACCAAAAAUUAGAUCAACUGCUAAAAUCCGAAUUCAUCGAUGCCAAACAAAUACUUGGAUUUCAGAAUACGUUAAAAUUGGGUAAUCUACUACAAGUGCUCAGAACCCAGCCGGUACAACUAGCGAAAUGGCUCAUAGCCGGAGAACAAUUAAUCGAAGACUCUCUGAAUUACUCGUCGUUCUUGGAAAACAUCGUAGUCGGCCUGUUUGGUUGUUUGAUGUUCUCCGACGACAUCAAAUACAUGCUCGCCCUGCUCUACGAGCUGGCCAAAUUGCAAUUAUUAAACUGCGAUGAUCCCAGGAGAAUCAUCAAGCAAAGGACUUGCUCGUUCAAACACCUGUAUUUUCUGUUCCACGAAGUACUACAAUCGGCGAAAUUCUUUCUGAGCGCCGCCAUGGAAAUACCGAUAGUGCACAUGAUGUCGUGCACCGAUUAUUACUUAGAUUUAGAUCCGGAGAAGACCGUCAUGAGAUUCAAGCACGACGAAAACGAACUGACGAAUACAUUUCGAAAUUUCGACGAGUACAGGCGCGAAGUCGUCGCGAAAUUGGUCGAAUUCAGCAAUAUCAUGAUAUCGUCGCUGUUGGAAAACGUCUACAGCUUUCCCAAAUCCAUAGCUUGGAUCGUAUCGCGCGUAGCCAAAAUCAUCGAGAAAUCGUUCGAUACCAAACAAGCCAACGCCAUCAUCACCGAGUUGAUAUUCAACCUGUACAUUUGCCCGGUGAUCAUCGAUCCCGAACAGUACGGCAUCUGUACGACCCAAGUCAACGAAAUGGCCCGUCACAAUCUCAUCCAGGUGUGCCAGAUAUUGCAAUCGUUGGCGUUGCGCAAGUUCGAACCGAUCGAUGCCCGGUACUCGGACCUGUUCGACUCCCUCGACAAGGACCUCGUCUGCAAUUUCAUCGAGCUCCUGUUCUGCGAGACGGACUGCGACGAGCCGCCCGUCGACGCCUCGCCCGGCCUCGUCAGAGACAUCAUGUUGUUCACCGAAGGCGAGCUGAAUAACAUCGUGUGUAUAUUGCAAAAAAUCCAAACGAAACACAGGACGGGCGAUGGUUUCGUCAAAGACGUGGCGAUCGAAGAGCAACUCUCAUCGUUGUCGAUAUCCAUAGAUAGUUCGCCCAAAUCGAAUCGAGCAUCGAACGUCGAAGAUGGCGCUUCGAAGCUGUCGAAUUUCUUCGCUAUGGGCGCUAAUGCGAAGCACCACGGGGCGCAGGAGGCGCUGUCGAAGCGCGUGCUGGUGUUGCCCAUCGAACGGGCCCAUUCCGUUCCGGUUGGAUUCGUCUCCGAGGAGAAGAUCCUCCGGGCCGAGGCGAUGCCUUCGAAGAACGGCGACAAGCCGGAGGGGCCUUCGCAAAACGGCGAUUUGAAACAGGCGGGCUUCGCUUUCCCCGACGAAGGUUCGAUCGGUAACACCUCGGAUAAUUUGGAGGCGAUUUCGGAAGCGGCUAGUAACCAUUCGGUCGAUAGCAGCAUCGAAUUGGAGAACGAAGAUCAAAACGAUAAUUUAUCCGAUAUGGUAUCGGCCAAUGUAUCAGGUCGUGGUACACCGAACAUAUCAGGCAGGGACACUCCCAGUUCGCAGGUGUGCGAAAACGACGAUAGAGGCGCGAUGGGCGAACAACGGCAGGCCGAAGUCGUCCAGCCGCAAUCGAAUUCGAAUUUGAAUCGACAGAUACGGUCGGAGAUCGACGAUAAAUUUUGCAAGUUCGAAAUCAAGAAGUUGCUCGAAGGCGACGAGACCAUUUCGAUCAUAUCGGAGACGUGGAGCACCGACGUCCUGGCGUCGGACAACGAGACCGUCGACGCCGCCGAAACGAGACAACCGUUGCAAUUGGUCGAGAGCGUACAAGAGGCGCCCGGCAUUUUGGAUAUGUCCGAGACGCAGAGCGAGAGCGCUUGGUCCACCGACGUCAUGACAUCGGACACCGAAAGAUUAACGGAGGUGGAUAAUGAGGAUUCGGUGAGCGUAGCGCAAUCGGACGAGACCAGAUCGGAGACGGACGAUAACGCGUGCGCGAGUCGCAGGCUGUCGACUUGUUCGAAUUCCUUCGUGCCGAUAUCGAGCAAUCAGAAUUACGUGUCGAGCGUUACCGUGCAAAAUAUGAGUUUUCUACCGACGAACGGACCGACGUCUGUCGUUAAUACGAAGAACAAAUACGUCAUAACGUCUUAUACGUCGGAAUACAAGAGCGACAGAACAAACAGAAAAUCGUACCAAACCGAACAAACCGACAACAACGCCAACAGAGUGUACAAGUCUCUCACCAUCGAACAAACCGAAUCUCUAAGCGAAGAAAACGAUUCUAAAACGUCCGUAUACAAAUCGACCGUCGUCAAGAACGGCCUGAUCGCCAAGGAUUCCGAAUUGAACAGUCUGGCCGGCCCCAGCGGGAUGGUGGAGGGCGACAAACAGCACCGCAAUCGACCCAACGAGAUACUGUUGAGCAAUUGCAGCUUGAAUUCGAGCUCGAGCGGCUCGAGCAGCCACAGUUUCGAGAACAAAAACGCCUCCGAACAGGAGCAAUGGGAGAACAAACAGUGGCUGAACAGCUCCGGUAGUAGUUUGAACGCCACGUCGACGCCUUCGGAGAGCACCAGCGAACUGUCCGUUUUGAGCAUCGGCAACAAAAAAACGCCGGGACGAGGUUUGAAGCCUUCGGUGUCGACGGGAGCGAUUCCGAAGAGCAUCAGUUUCGAUAUGAGCGCCGAUAAAGGGCUGGACGAGGAGGGGCGUGCGAAACGCGGCGGAUUCUUCGGCAAAUUGCGGAUGGGUUUCAAGAAUAGGCGAGGAAAAAGUCUGCGUAAUCAGGAAGAAUUCCGGCUGGGCGUCGAAAACGACGAUUUCGUUAAUAAAGCGGCGAAAAUGGGGAACAGCGCGGAAGUAUCCGAUGACAUUUUGGCCAAGUAUCGAACGAAACCGUUCGUCGAAAACGAGACUUUAAAAGAUAACUGUGAUUUGAGCAAAUCUCUGAAAAUGAAAGACGCUUACCGAAGCAAUAGCGAAGAAUUGAAUAGCUUUAAUGAUAUUAAAAACAAAUUGCGUUUAGUUUUAAGUAAUACUUGGGAAAUUCCGCAUUACAUUAAGAAUAAUCCGUUUAGUGUUAAGAACAAAAUCGAGACGAUAUUACGUUUGGAAUUGGGCAAGGCGAGGAGGAUGCGCGAUUGGUCGGACGUGGCGAGAAUAUCCGAGGCGAUACGAUGCGUAAAUCUGUUGAACGACGAAAAUUGCUUGAAAUUGUUGCGUUCGAUGAGAGACGAUAUUUUGCUGAGAUCGGCUUACGUUAAAUAUUUGGUCGUUUCCAAACAGGAAUUGCUGUUUUCCGAUAGCUAUUUAAACAGUUUACAAGAACAAAUUAGCAACGAUAAGUACCAGUGCGAGAAAUACCUGGCGGCGAUUUGCGUUAAAGAAUUCCUCUCCGAGCAGGAAUCGAUGAUAGUGGACUUUUGCAAGGAAUUUAAGCUGCUGAAUUUGGCCGACGAAAAGUACGAUUUCCUGCAAAGCUUCUAUUCGAAACUGUUCCUGAUGAUGAAGAACAGCGCCACUUGGAAAGGUAUCACAAGAAGCAACGAGAACACAUUGAAAACCACUCUAGAGCGAUUCAUCAUGAGCAAAACUUACAAAAAUUCGAUUUACCCGAACGGCGACGGCGACAGGGACAGAGAUCGGGUAUUGAGCAACCACAUCGAAAAACUAUCGAAAAUAAUCACGCCCCACCACAAGGACCUUUUGAUCGACAAAAUGUAUCUGCGCGAGUGUCCGUGGCUGCCCGCCCAAGACGCCCUGCGGGCCCUCAACGUCUACAAAACGCCCAGAGAUAAAGUGAAGUGUGUCGUCCAUUGCGCCAAAUGCAUCAUGGAUUUGUUGUCGUUGUCGCACGGCCGAUCUUCGGCCACCGCCGACGAUUUAUUGCCCGUUUUGGUUUAUGUGAUAAUUAAGGUUAAUCCGGAGGCUUUGCUGUCGACUGUGCAGUACGUGAACAGUUUUUUCCACGAUCAGUUGUUUGGCGAAGAGGAGUAUUGGUGGACUCAGUUUUGCGCAGCCGUCGAAUACAUCAAGACGAUGGAUUAUUCCUAUUGAUGCGUCAGUUGUGUAAUAAUAUUAUUUUCGAAAGUGUACCUAUUACCGUAAAUGAAAUUUUAUUUAUGAUUUUUAUUAAUCUGUUAGGUUAUAGAGCCUUUAUAUUUUGAAUAAAAAUAUUUAUAUUUUGAGUU